AUGGGAGUGGAGGAUGAAUUUGUUAUACCUAGAAAGGCAGAUUAUAGGCAACGUGCACAUUGUAAUCCAUUAUCUGACAGCCUAAUUCCAUACCCAAUCACUCCUAGACAUACGCCAUGGCACUUAUACUACCCACGCCUGAACACCGGCAAUGAUUACACCACCGAUAUCAUUAGUUUAAACACUAAUAUGUUUCCCCAAUCAUAUGAUAAAUUGUAUGCUGGAAAUCCAGCAAAUGUAACGAUUUUGGAUAUUGGUUGUGGGUACGGGAGCUUAUUAGUUACAUUAGCAGAUUUAUUUCCGGAUAAGUAUAUUCUUGGAAUGGAAAUUAGGGAAAAGGUAACUAAUUUCACCGGCCAACUAAUACAUUCCCUGAGAAGAAAGCACAAUUACCAAAAAUACAUGAAUGUAUACGUAGUUAGAACCAAUGCAAUGAGAUAUUUACCUAAUUAUAUUUGUAGCAGACAGCUGGAAAAGAUUUUUUUUUGUUACCCUGAUCCACAUUUUAAAAAGUCAAAUUGGAGGCGCAGAAUUAUUAAUGCUUCACUUCUUUCCCUUUAUGCAUAUUUAUUGAAACCAAAAGGAGUUAUUUAUAUAGUAACAGACGUACUGGAAUUGUUUGAGUGGAUGGUGGAUUCUUGUGACAAACACGAAUUGUUUGUAAAGGCUAAUGACGAUUUUUUGCGCACGGAUCAUUGUUACUGCAGGCUGCAAUUUUUGACUGAUGAGGGGAAGAAGUUUGAUCGCAUGGGCAUACCCUCAUACAAGGCGGCAUAUACGCGCAUUUAA